GUACAUAUAAAGAGCCACCAUAGACGCGAAAACUCACUAAAGCACGAAAGAGAAAACCCUAAAGAAGAAAUCGCAAGAGCGGCAACAGUUCGUGCACGAUGAUCAUCCCAGUUCGUUGCUUUACUUGUGGAAAGGUGAUUGGGAACAAAUGGGACACUUACCUUGAUCUUCUCCAGGCUGAUUACACCGAAGGGGAUGCUCUUGAUGCGAUUGGGUUAGUUCGUUACUGCUGCAGACGCAUGCUUAUGACUCAUGUCGAUCUUAUCGAAAAGCUUCUUAACUACAACACUUUGGAGAAAUCUGAUGCCAAUUAAAAAUGAUGCUAUAACGAAUAACAUAUGAGCCAAGUCUUUACCUAUGAAUGAUGAUGUUUCAAUAUUUUCUACUUGGCAAGUUGGGUCUAGUUUUAGACUACUUUUUGAACCACAAAAAAAGAUAAACACCUCAAGUUCAAAAACAAAUAGGCAUUUCAUAAGUAAAUCGUAUAUUUAAAUUUUAAACGGUA